AUCAAAAUGAGCGCGCUCCGUUUUUGAACGUUGAAUUUGGUUGUAUGUAAUUUUUUUUACCGGUAACAUUUGUUUUUCGUAGAGAUAAGCCAUCUCUGCGAUUUAUUUAUAAUUGAUUAGAGCAUUAACAUCUUUUCUGUAUCACAACAUGGAGGAUUAUAUAAAAGUUGAAAAAAUUGGAGAGGGUACAUAUGGAGUUGUUUACAAAGGAAAACACAAAAAGACUGGUCGGAUUGUUGCACUGAAGAAAAUAAGAAUAGAAAAUGAAGAUGAAGGAGUGCCUUCAACUGCUCUCAGAGAAAUAUCUUCAUUAAAGGAACUGAAACAUCCUAAUAUUGUUGGACUUCUAGAAGUGGUGAUGCAGGAAAGCAGAUUAUAUCUUGUGUUCGAGUUUUUGUCUAUGGAUUUAAAGAAGUAUCUUGAUAGCAUACCUGAUGGGCAGUUUAUGGAAAGACCACUUGUUAAGAGUUAUCUUUAUCAGAUAUUAGAUGGCAUCUUGUAUUGUCAUCGACGAAGAAUCAUACACAGGGACUUAAAGCCUCAAAAUCUUUUGAUUGAUCAACAAGGAGCCAUUAAAAUUGCAGAUUUUGGUCUUGCCCGAGCUUUUGGAGUUCCAGUGCGUGUUUACACUCAUGAAGUUGUCACUUUAUGGUACAGAGCACCAGAAGUGCUUCUCGGUUCACCACGGUACUCUACACCAAUUGAUAUUUGGAGUAUUGGUUGUAUAUUUGCUGAGAUGGCGAAUAAAGCGCCCUUGUUCCGUGGAGAUUCUGAAAUUGAUCAACUAUACAGAAUAUUCAGGACUUUAGGAACACCUAAUGAUGAUAUUUGGCCUGGCGUAACUGAACUCCCAGAUUAUAAAACAACAUUCCCAAACUGGAGACAAAAUUCCUUAGCUGUGCUCUCUACUAGACUAGGAACUGAUGGCCAUAGUUUGCUAGCAGAUAUGUUGAUCUACAAUCCCGGUAAGCGAAUAAGUGCCUUGGAUGCAUUGAAACACCCAUAUUUUGAUGAUUUUGAUAAAAAUUCUCUUCCAACUAUAAUCAACAAUGCUUGAUAUUCAAGAUUGUGUAGAAUAGAAGAUUGGGAAUGCAAGAAAAUUUUCUUUCUUCAUCUCAGCACCUGUAUAUUUUUGUAUUUUUUAUACUCUUUUGUACUGCUUAGAGACCCGAGGUCUGUCUUGUGAAAUUAGGUAAAUCAGCAUGUGGUACUGUCUUUGAACACCCAUUUUGUAAAUUUAGUUUUAAUAAAUAUUUUAUAUCUUUUAUAACAAUUA